AAGACUAGUUCUUUCCUUGGUAGCUUUUUUGCUUCCUGGACAUGUUUUUAUAGGCACAAUUGUGACCCAUAUGGCUACUGUUAAAUGUGGUAUGAUCUGAGAAGACACCUGUUGAGUUGUGAUAAACAUAUUUUUGCAAUGCCUCAGAGCACUCCUAUUUAAUGAUCAAGUUUAUCCUAUUUGCUCUUAUCCUAUUUGCUCUUACUUCUUUAACGUUCCUGGAAACUGCAGGGAAUACUAGUGAAGAAAAGGUUCAGUCUGUGCUCUUUUAUACACAGGACUACAUCACUGUACAAUCAGUGGGAUUUAUCUACAACUGAACCUGCAUCGGAGUGCAUUGUUCUAAAUUAUAUGCUUGCUAAUGUCAUUGGAGCUGUAGAUGGAGGAAAAGACGGUUCCAUUGCUUUGACUGUGUAUAUUUCACACUGUACAGAACUGAUUUCAAACCAGGAAACAAACGGAACUUCAAACAGGCUGUACUACUACAGGAGACCUGGAUCACAAUUUGGGAAGCAAUGAAUAAUUGUCCAAGUGGAAUAUUUCUAUGCAGAAUUAAACUAUCCAUCCAACUCAUUUUCAUUCUGCUGGUGUUCAGUCUGUUUCAGGUGGCAUGCACAGCUGGUUCAUGUGACAUUGGUCGAUCUCUUCAUAUUCAUCACAAGUAUCACAUCUCGGGAGACCUGCAUAGAGGUGCCAUUCUGUCUCAGAUUUUUAUGUCUUCUGAAGAGAUAUCCUUUAGACAAAAUCCUGCUGAGAAAUCUCAAGGAGAUACGAUGUAUGAAUUUGGUUCCCCUCCCGCCCCCGCCCCCCAAAUUAUUUCAUGCAAUACUUCAGACAUAAGUGAGGUUGGGAUCUGUUAAAAAUUCAGUUGUUAUAUGUUGGAACUGGUUUAAAUUAAAAAGGGAAAAAAUAUUAGAAAAUAUAGAAAAAUGUUUUUUAAAAGUGCUUGUUUUUCAUAUGGGACUUACUUGAUGUAAGACUUACAAAUAUGGACAUUGCUUUAUACAAAAAACGAUUAUGUUGUAGCAUUUUCUGUACAGAAACUCGAAAUGUAGGUUCCUGCACAAAAAUGUAGUUGUCUGCACAAAAAAUGCCAUGUGAGAACUAUUUACAAAUUUAGUAAUGAUCUGUGAAAGUCUUUAUGAGUUAUUCAAGGUUUUAUUUCUACCUUUGAAAAAGAAAUCUAGAAAUAAAUAUCAUCCCACAUUUGUACAUUGCAUUGUUUUUAGUGCUUUGGGGUCCCUUUUUAGAGAGAUAAAGCACGACAUAGUGAUGAUGAUGAUGAUGAUGAUGAUGGUGAUGAUGAUGAUGGUGAUGAUGAUGAUGAUGAUGAUGAUGAUGAUACACAUUAUUUCUGAUCCUCACUGUUUGACUGUAUAUUUGUAGAAGGCUCAAGCCCAUUUUUCUGUAUCUAUAGUCAGACAUUCUUCAAUGUAUUUUAGUGCAAUGCAAAUAGAAAAUGUGUAUUAAUCUGAAAUAGAAAUGUGCUGUUACUGUUAUUUCAGAGUGUUUUCUCACAACUACCAACACAUCCUGGCCUUGAUUUUUGCCAUUAAGGAGAUCAAUGAAAAUUCCCUUAUCUUACCCAACAUCACAUUGGGAUUCUUCAUUUACAACAGUAAUUUCCUUGCUGACUUUACCUAUCGUGCUUCAAUGGAACUCCUUUCUACCUGGGACAAUUUUUUCCCUAACUACAAAUGUGACGCCCAAGACAACCUAGCAGCCGUCAUUGGGGGACCUAGUUCUGAGAUCUGUCUUUUCAUGGCUGAUAUCCUGUGCGCCUAUAAGUUUUCACAGGUAAGUUUUCACCCACAGAAUUAAGAGUUUAAAACAACAGGAUUUCUAGGAGAAUUCAAUCCCUACAGACCCUGAAUUUGCUUUUUGUUAACUUUCCCUAAGCAAGCUAGGAAAAAAAUAUUGCCUGAAUGUGAGUUGAGAUAUUCCCAUUUCUUUCAUUCUACCAUUCUUUCUAUGCUUGGAUAACUUUACUGCUAGAGAUUGGUUUUUUGAUGUGAACAAAAUAAUUUUUCUCUGAAAUUAUUCUUUCUGGAAAACGCUAGGGGAUUAUAUAUCAAUGAGGCAGAUGAUCUGAUGCAGUUUUUAGGAAGGAAGUUUUUAGGAAGGAAGUAGGAAGUUUCAAGUAAAAUUAUAUUUUUUUCCCCAUUUUGGUCACUAAUAUUGUUUUUCUGAACUUUGUUCAUAUCCCAACCAGAAAAGCAAAAAGCAUAGCGCUGGGAAGCAUAAAAGAUAUUCAUGUGUCCUUCCAGUAGCCUAUAUGAUUGGGCAACAAUAACAAGCUCAUAAUACCUCAUCGUUCCACCAUAUUGUUCAACAAAUCACCUUCUAACUUCCUGGCCUACACUCUCGGGAGCCUGUUGAAAUCAAAGAUAGAGUUGGAUGUUACCUAUCUGUCACUUAGAUCCUAGAUUACAUCUUUGAUCUGUUCCAUGUACAUUAGGGAUGGGCAAACUAUAGCAACAUCUAUACAUGGGAUGAGAUGGAUAUUUAUGAGACCUCACAGCUCAGUUCCCGUGGAUUUUAUAAGUAACACAUCGAACUCCUUCCAAGUAUGAUACAUAAUAUACAUGGGCCUUUGUAGAAUCUAGUGGGAUCUAAGCAGUGAAGUCCCAUAAAGGCCCACCUCCCUUAAAUAAUAUCAUUGGGUGAUAGGUUUUAUUAAGAUGCUGGUUCCCCCUCCCCCAAUAUCUAUCGUUUCUUCUACUAUACAUCAGGCAAAUAAAUUUCCGAAAACGACAAACAUCAGGAUGAAGUCUGUCAAGGUGGAAAGCCUAUCAAUGUUCGCAAAUUCCAUAUAUAUGAUUCCUUUCAAACCUUUGAGGUGCAAACACGAAUGUUUUUAUAUAAAUGUUAAAAUAUUUUCUGUAAUUAUUUUCUUACUCUAAUGCAUUUUUCCUCUGUUUUUGUCUCACCUUGGAUUUCUUUUGGGGGGAUUUUAUUAUUUCAGUACCAUUAUUUGGUUUUGACUGUACUGAUGCACCACUUGAUACAAUCAUUUCAUUCACUCAUUACAAUUAUAUUAACUUGUAGAUGUAAUGUGCUAAUAUGAUUACCUCCUUAUCUCUCACCCCAAAGAUCACAUAUGGCUCUGCUCCACUAAUGGAUAACAAAAAGGAAGCUGUUUUCUUUCACCAAAUGUUCCCAAGUGGGAGCCACCAAUACAUUGGGAUUCUCAAUUUAAUUUUGCAUUUCCAGUGGAAGUGGAUUGGAGUGAUGUAUUUCGAUACUGAAAUGGGACAACAAUUUGUACAUAAAGUACUCCCCAUGUUCAUGCAAAAAGGUAUCUGCUUUGAUUUCAUAAGAGCAGCAAUCCAAAUGAAUUUUUUCAGUGAAUUUGAAACAAUGUCAAAUGAGCUUAUUGGAACAUCAUACCUUAUCGGAAAAAGCACUGUCAAUGCAGUGAUCCUACAUGGGGAAAUUCAGUCAAUUCUAACUUUGAGAAUAUGGAUAGAAAUUCCAUUUUACCUUGAUUGGCCAAAAAUAAAUAAAGUUUGGAUAAUGACAGCAGAAAUAGAUUUUGGAUUGCUCCCAAUUCAAAGAGACUGGGACCUGAGCUUCAUCAAUGGGGCUUUAUCGAUUUCACUUCUCCCCCAAAAAAUUUCAGGUUUCCAUGAAUUCCUGCAGGACAGAAAACCAGACACCGAUCAAGAGGAUGGCUUUAUUGGGGACUUCUGGCAGCAGGCAUUCAUGUGUUCUUUUCCCGAGCUCAAUUUAGACGAGUCCCCUGAACAUAUCUGCACUCAGGAGGAGAAGCUGGAGACUCUUCCUAUGUCUGUUUUUGAAAUGAGCAUGACCAGCCACAGCUACAACAUCUACAACGCUGUCUAUGCUACCGCUCAUGCUUUGCAUGACAUGGAUUCAUCCAAAUUCAAACACAGAAGAACUGAGAUCAGAGAUCUUCAAAAAAUGCAGUCAUGGCAGGUAAUGUUUGGAGCACAAUGUUACAGAAUCAUUCACCUUAUUUGUAUGUUUAGCCAUCAAAUCUUCUGGAAAAGAUAGAAUUUUGGUGUCUAGGCAAUAGGACUGAGUCACCUUCCUUUUACUGUGACUUCAUAGCUACUUCUGUUUUCAUUAAAGCUGGAAUAUACUUGAUUCGUUUUGUAACUUCUUAUUAUUGUACUUUGGUGUCAUACUUCAUGUAAAUUUAGUUUAUGCAAGUAAAGGUAUAUGAUAUGAUAUGAUCACCCCUUAUUUUUAUUAAGUUCCUAUUGCAAGAUGAUCAUGCAUCUGUCUGUCUUUUAUUUCCAUAUAUAUUUCUACUUCGUGGAGAAUAGGUGCACAUUGAUAACAAACUGCCUCUGAACAAACCUUCUCAGGAAAACCUGACUUGCUUUAGGUUCAUCAUAGAUGGUAGACACAACACACAGCAAAAAAGACAAGAUACCUUUUCUGUCUUAUUCCAGCUCUUGUGUUUCUAUUAGUUUUUUUCUUAUCCAGGAUAAAAACAGCCAGUUCCUACAACCUUUCUUCAACUAAUCCGUUUUACAUUGUAAUUUUGAUAUUAGUGGCCAUCUUUCUUGCCCUGUUUUUUGUCAAACUUUUCCAAUAGUUUAUAUGUUAUAACAUUCAAAGCGAUCCAGAUGAUUUCUGGAUACUGAAUUGCACACUGCAAAUAUUGUUUCAUAUUUAUUCCAUAUGACCCAUGUUUCCAAUUUGAAUGUAUGUGCCUGCCACAUUGCCUGUUAACUAAUGGAGAACCCAUGAGUUUCUUAGGCAAGGUAGACUCUGAUGUGGUUUUAUUAUUUCCUUCCUAUGAAAUAUAGCCUAUAGCGCCAGGCAUUCGCUGGCAUUUUUCCAUCCAAUCACUAGAAUGAAUAGGAUAGAAUAGAAUAGAAUAGAAUAGAAUAGAAUAGAAUAGAAUAGAAUAGCUGUAUUGACAUUGUACUAUUGCACAACAAAAUUAAAUGUUUUCCCCAACACACACCACAAAACAACACACCCCCAUGAUAAUUGCAUAGCCCCUAAUGCCACAUCAAUGCAAAACCAUGGAGUUCAACAUAGCCACAACUCUACAAAAGAAGGUGUCUCUCAGUCUGUUUCUCCUUGUCUUAGUCACCCUGUACCAUUUGCAUCUGCAGAUGGAAAUAAUUCAAAAAAGGAAUAUGCUGGGUGAGAUGGAUUCCCAAAAAUGUCCUAAGCUUUCUUAUGGCUAUGGGACAUAUAAAGUUCUUCCAAACAGGGCAGAGCAACCAAUGAUUUUCUUUGAAGUAGUGGUGACCCUUUGGAGCACCGUCCUAUCAGCCACUGUGCAGUUACCAAACCAUGCGCAGAUGCACUAUCCAAGCACUAUCCAGGGCUGACCCUGUUGAGCAUUCAAGAUCAGGCGGAAUGUCUUUCCUGGUUAAUGCAGUCUAUACUGGAAGAUGUACAUGCACUGCUCAGUGUGCUAGACAUUUCCUAGCUUUAUAUAAAAUAGUUCAGUAGUAUCACCAAUAAACAUAUACCUUCUAUAACAACACAUAGGUUCCAUUAAACAGAGAUGUCAAAUGCAACCUUUUACUAUCACAUGUUAUUUAUUUGGAUAGUGAGCAUCAUUUGUAACUGCGUUUUCUCCUCUCAAUUUAGCUUCACCGCUUCCUAAAAUGUGUUAUAUUUAACAACACUGUUGGUGAACAGAUUUCCUUUAAUAAAAAUGGGGAAUUAGUAGCUGGGUUUGAUAUCGUCAACUGGGUCACAUUCCCCAAUGAGACCUUUAGUCGAGUGAAAGUGGGAAGGAUAGAUCCACAGUCUCUACCAACCGUUGAGUUCACUGUUCAUGAGGAUGCCAUUGUAUGGCCCAGCUGGUUCAAUCAGGUAGGAUGUGAAUACAUUCCAUCAUGUGGUGAUUUCCACCCUCUACAUUCAAACCAGUGAGUGUUUUUCAUGAGCUGGGAAUCCUUCUUUCAUUCUUUCUUCUCCACUGAAAAGGUCCUCUCUCUUGUUUCUACC